UCAAGAUGAAGCUGCAGUUCUGGUCAGCCAUCUUCACUCUCACUGUAACACUUGCAUUGUGUGGGGUCAAAGACUUGCGGGAGCAUUUUGAACAACUUAGUGGGACUCACUCUUUAACUCCUCGCGGGCCCUACAGCAACGGAACUCAUCUUUCACCAGAAUUUCACAGGGAAAAUACUUUGACCAACGACUGGAGUGUCGAAGAAGAUGAAUAUGAGUAUGUUGACUUGGACAAACUAUUCAAUGAAGACUACUUUGACAUAAUUGAUGCUGUUCCAGAAACUACUCCUGAAAUUAAACAAGGGAAUAUUCUUGAGCUUUUCCCAGGAAAAUCCAGAAUCCAGCGUCUCAACAUCCUCAAUGCAAACGUUGGCUUCAAUCUUUAUCGGAGUCUGAAAAACAAAGCCGACUCUUCGGACAACAUCCUUUUGGCACCUGUUGGCAUUUCAACGGCCAUGGCUAUGCUUUCUUUGGGACUGAGAGGUCAAACACACGAGGAGGUACUGACAUCUCUGGGCUUCAGAGAUUUUAUUAAUGCCAGUUCCACAUACAACAUUACAACCAUUCACAACCUCUUCUACAAACUCACUCACCGGCUCUUCAGAAGGAACUUUGGCUACACGCUUAGGUCGGUCAAUGACCUUUACAUCCAAAAAGAAUUCCCUGUUCUGAGUGAAUUCAUAAGCAACAUGAAAAAAUAUUACGUUUCUGAGGCCCAAUCAGCUGACUUUUCAGACCCGGCCUUCAUCAGCAAAGCCAAUGCGCGUAUUUCAAAGCUCACCAAAGGAUUAAUAAAGGAAGCCCUGGAGAAUGUAAAUCCCACAACUCUGAUGAUGAUUCUCAACUGCCUCUACUUCAAAGGCACCUGGGAAAACAAGUUUCCAGUGGAAAUGACGCAGAAGCGCUCUUUCCGUCUGAAUGAGAAACAGUCGGUGAAAGUUCCCAUGAUGCAGACCAAAGCCAACUUCCUGGCAGCUGCUGAUCAUGAGCUUGAGUGUGGGAUUCUCCAGUUACCCUAUGUGGGGAAUAUCAGCAUGCUGAUUGUCCUGCCACACAAACCGUCAGGCAUGAACAACCUGGAAAAGCAACUGACACCACAGGUGGUGGAGAGAUGGCAGAACAGCAUGACUAACAGAACAAGGGAAGUUCUGCUGCCUAAAUUCACGUUGCAGAAGAGCUACGACCUGAUUGAGCAUCUGAAAACACUGGGAAUCAAUGAGCUGUUCACCCAAAAUGGCAAUUAUUCUGGAAUAGCAGAAGGGAUAAUCAUUGAUAGGUUUAAUCACCAAGGGACCAUUACAGUGAACGAAGAGGGCACGGAGGCUGCAUUUGUGACCAGUGUGGGCUUCAUGCCCCUCUCGGCUCAGAUUCGCUUCGUUGUCGAUCGCCCCUUUUUGUUUCUUGUCUAUGAGCACCGCACCAGCUGCUUGCUCUUCAUGGGUAGAGUUGCCAACCCAAGCAAGAUGUAAAAGCAGAGAUGUAUCC